AGCUCCUGUCCGCCCUCUGGUCCUCGGCUGGACCUCCAGCGCACAAACCCACCACCCGUUGUGGAGUUCACCUCCCACCGGUGCCACUCCCCUCCGUCCCCCUGCACCAGGACGCCCUGCAUUUCCAGCCCAGAGCUCGGCUCGUCCUGGGGAUGACCAUCACCUACACGGCACGAGUUGCUAAUGUCCGCUUCUGCAGCUUCUCCAAGCUGCUGGUGCUGUGGAAAGGAAGCAUCUACAAGCUGCUCUACAAGGAAUUCCUGGUCUUCUCCUUCAUGUACGCCAUCCUGAGCAUCGCCUACAGGUUUUUGUUGCUGGAAGACCAGAAGAGGUAUUUCGAGAAGCUGGCCCUGUACUGCAAUCACUAUGCCAACCUGAUCCCCAUGGCCUUUGUUCUGGGGUUCUACGUGACUCUGGUGGUGAACCGCUGGUGGAACCAGUACACCAGCAUCCCGCUCCCCGACCGGCUCAUGUGCGUGAUAUCCGGGAACGUGCAUGGAGUGGACGAGCGGGGACGCAUGCUGAGGCGCACCAUGAUGAGGUACGCCAGCCUCUCGGCGCUGCUCAUCCUGCGCUCCGUCAGCACGGCCGUCAUCAAGCGGUUCCCCACGAUGGACCACGUGGUGGAGGCAGGGUUUAUGACCAGAGACGAGCGGAAGAAGUACGAACGUCUUCACUCCCCUUACAACAAGUACUGGAUUCCGUGCGUGUGGUUCACCAACCUGGCUGCCAAGGGACGGAAGGAAGGCCGGAUAAAGGAUGACAACGCACUCAAGUUGUUGAUGGAGGAGCUGAAUACCUUUCGAGCAAAGUGCAGCCUUCUCUUUCACUACGACUGGAUCAGUAUUCCCCUGGUGUACACACAGGUUGUCACUAUAGCCGUGUACAGCUUCUUCCUGACCUGUCUGAUUGGACGACAGUUCCUUGACCCUGCCCAAGGAUACGCAGGACAUGACAUCGACUUGUAUGUUCCCGUGUUCACCCUGCUACAGUUUUUCUUCUACGCUGGUUGGUUGAAGGUGGCCGAACAACUAAUAAAUCCCUUUGGAGAAGAUGAUGAUGAUUUUGAAACAAACCGUUUGAUUGAUCGGAACUUUCAGGUGUCAAUGAUGGCGGUCGACGAUAUGUAUCAGGAUUUGCCUCUUAUGGAAAAGGAUCGGUACUGGAACGAGUCCAACCCUCGGCCCCCGUACACUGCUGCCACUGUGUUUGUGCUGCAGAAGCCGUCCUUCCAGGGUUCUACAUUCGACAUGACGAUUUCCAAGGAUGACAUGCACUUUCAGCCGAUGGAGGAGAUCGAGGAGAACAUCGAGGAAGGGAACUCACAGCAUGUCCCCCUCUUCAGCCGUCUGCUGCCCAGCGCCCCAUCACCCGCUGGCAAUGCCCCGCGCUCCACACGCCCCUUUCAGCUGCUCAAACGCAGGAACAGUGUGUCCUCAGAUGCCUCCAUGUACAGCUGCCUGUGCCAGGACACCCAGACCACAGUGUGUUCCUGCAGCACCUACACAGAGCACAAGCCUCUAACCAAGAUCCACUUCCUCUCUGAGGAUGCCUGGCCGGGUAGGAAAGAGUCUGUGACAAAUUGCUUGCAAGUUGGUGAGAGCAACAGUGAGGAUUCCGAAGCCCGAGGCUCCGGGAGGGUGGAUACUGAGAACAAAGGGGAGUCUGCCCCUCCCCUCACUGAGGAGGACAAGGUCAACUUGGAGGCUGAAUCCAGUUGUUCCUCUUCAAUCCCUGCCAAGGAAGGCACGCCACAUGGAGCGGACCUGAUAGUGUCCUACGAUCCACCCGGCUGCCAGGUGGAAUCCCUGGAGAAGCGGGACUGCAGGUUCCAGUCUGCUCCUGGGAGGUCUCCUGCUCACUGCCACCCAGUCAUGGAAACCGGUCCCACAGCUUUCUGGGUGAAGCCCACAGCUUCGCCUCCAGUGUCAGUCCUCAGCAGCAUCUCCUCCGCAGAGGGCUCCCACACCUACCGAGGAGCCCACGGUCUUCAGCAGCCGAUGGACACCCCCUUACUGUCUCUCUCCCCGGCCGAGGAGGAGCCUGGUGAAAAGUCCGAAUGGCCGAGAGUUGCCAAGCGGUCUCUGCGAGGCGAUGAUGUCCAAGACAAGAGGAACCCCUUGCAUGUGUCUGAGCUGCUGCACAUUAACGGGAGAGAAGGUGACCAGUCCAAAACACCGUCCCAGCUGUGAAGGCAAGUGUCUGGACUUUGCAGAACUCAU